AUGCGUGCCACUUUCGUUGCCUUGUCGGCGCUGCCAUUCUACGUGUUUGCUCAGUAUUCUGUUUCUGAUGACGCGCCUGCUGUCUCUGAGUCUAUUUCUACCUCUCAGGCUUUCGUUCCACCAGUGAUUGACACAUCCAAAGAGGUGCCUGUUGAUCUGCACCCUACCAGUAGCGAUACUAUUGUUGUUCCUGAGUCAACCACGGAAGCCGUUCAUGUGAACCCUGAGACAACUGCCCAGCAAGCUAUUGGCCAGGACACUACUGCUCAAGUACCCCCUGUUCAAGACACUACGACAGGACUUCCAAUUGUUGUAGACAGUAGCACCCGUCCUGUGCCUGUCGUUGAUACUACUACUGGCCAGUCUCCUGUCAUUGACAUUAGUACUGGCUGGGCCCCUGCUAUCGACACCACUCAGCCCAUUGUUCAAGGCACAACUACUGGCCAGCCUAUCGUUGCUGACACAACCUCAGAACAACAACCUCCUGUCCGGCCCACGACCUCGGAGCUGAAGCCUCCAAAUGCCGAUACUACCACAUGGCUUCCUAUAGGGGACACUAGCAACCAACCCAUCAGCCAGACCCCUGGUUCUCAGACUUCCUCUAGAGGCCCUGUUGACCAAGACACGACCAGGGAGCAACAGCCUCCCGUUGACAGCACUACUACUGGUGUUCCACCUGUUGAGACUACCACUGGGAUCUCAUCUGCUGAGACCAGUACUGGCCCACCUGCAGAGACUACCACCCAGCAGGCGUCUGUUCAAGACACCACAACAACAGCUGCUGGGCAACCUGUCGAGACCACCGAGGAGUCCAAGCCAAGCACCAAGGACGAGGAACCUACCAUCACACAACCCCCAACCACAACCGCUGUUGCGGCUGCCACAGCUAGCGUUUCCUCCGUUUCCUCUCAAGUGGCCGCUUUGAUCCCCAUUAUAAAUAAGUGGGCCGAAGAUCCUGAGUCUCUUACUGAUGAGACUAACAAGAAGGUUGAGGACACACAUGACGAUAUUAUCGCUGUGAUAGUUGGCCUGGGCGGCAAGCCUGAUGUUGCUUGUAACAAAAAGCGAGGUCUCGGAAUGAGAAGGCUCAAAAAGCGAGGUCUUCUGGGACCUAUUGGCGAUGUCAUCAACAAGCUCGCUUGUAUGGCUCAGGACCUUACCAAGAUUUCCAGUAACAUCAUCGCUGGCAACGUACCGGCCGUCACUAGCGUUAUUCCUGAAGUCAAGAGCCAAAAUGAUGACUUGACUGAGGAAGAGGAAAACAAGAGUAAAGAGAGUAAGGAGUCUACCAAGCGAGAAACUACCAAGGAGUCUACUACCGAAAACCCUACUUCGACAGAGGAGUCUACUACGACCGAAGCUACUACCACAACUACUAGUGAUAUGACAGUUUGUGCUUCUGGAUCCUGCGGUGGUGGCAGUUGCCCUGUAGGACUAGGCAGCGGUGGAUCGAUGCCAAAACGGAUGAACAGCAUACCUCGCGAUAUCGAAUGUCAGGACAUCCCCACCACAACCAUCGACGGACCUCUCCCUACUGGCCCCAUCACCUUGGGUGAUCCUAAGCGUGACAAGGGCCUAGAGGCUCGAAUGUUCUUUGAUGGCGACAUGACCCCCAACCCCGACUACAUUGACAGUCUUAGCAUGAACCCCGAGACCAUCUGGGAUGAUCAGAGUGGACUGACCACAGGACACUUUGUUGGCGCACCUCUUGAUUACGGCUGGUCAGCGGCAGGAGUAAAUGGCAUUUAUGGCUGCACAGCUGUAUUGAUCGUGUCAAACCUCGGCGUCUAUACGUCACAUAUCUGGGAGGUCCCUGGUUUUCUCGAUGCAGUCGAUACAAAGCCCACAUCUGACGACUUUUUUGAGACCAAUGUUUUCAAAGUCCUUCGCGAUGGCACCCUAGACGCCACUACUGCAACUGGCAUUGGUACUCUUAUUGGCACAGAAAGUGCCCCGGGCCCCCUUCAUUCCCAAUUCGAACCCCAUGUCUUUGUUGUCACCCCUUUUAACACCUAUCAGAGUCCUGAGAACCCUUCAUUGUAUCGCUAUGAAGCUCGAGCGAACCAAUUGGCCAGCCAAGUCACCGGUAUCAUUCCCGGGGCCAUUUCUGGAGGGGUUUAUGGAUAUGUUCCCAUAGGCCAAGUCGAAUCAACGGGUAGAGGGUACUUUGGUCGCACUAUCGUCGAGUUUGACAUGCUUGAUGGUUUCAUCACUAGUGAACAGGACCCUACUAAACUCCAGGCCGUUGGACGAUGGAGAUUCUGGGUCGAGGAUAAUCUUUGGACUACACACAGCUUCAACGUUUACGAUGAUUUCUUUGACUAUGCGGGUGCUGAAGCAGGCAUGCCGUCUAACGGAAAUCAGAAGCGUGCUGAAGAUGACGCUGUCCACAAGUGCUUGGUCCGCGGCGACUCUACCGCAACUACAUCAGCUGCGCUUUCUUCCACGGACAAGACUACCACUUCAGAUGCGUCUUCCACAGAGAAGGCCACUACUACGUCUGAUGUCACUUCCGUUACCGAGGGUUCAGCAGACUCCACUACUGAUGGAGAGACAACUGAGACUGUCGGAACAACUACUACUGAGGAAAAGACAGUUGAGGCUACAACCACCGGAUCUGACACUUUGCUGCCAACCUCUAUGCUCAGCACUCUUAUCACCACUACUAGAGCCUCGUCCAAUGCCGUUACAUCAGGUGUCACAAGUGACGCAUCGACAACUAGCGAGGAAGCACGGACCUACUACCCUUGUAUCAUCUACGGCGGCCCUCGCGUCAGCAAGCCAUACUGCCAGUGCAGCACCACCGUCUCCGGCAAGCAGUAUGUCACUACAGCUUCUAUGAUCGACAACAGUUGCGCAGACUACACCUCUUUUCCCUCCCCAGUUGUCCCCGUCACCGAUGCCCCAUUUACCCAAGCUCCCAUCCAAACCCCUUUCACUACCACCGACGAUAGCACUGUCUUGGUCUACUCAGCCUACACGCUCAAGUACUUCAACCUGAACAGUUUUCACGUAACAGCGACCGCCGGCUACGGUGAACCCUCGACUGUUUCCACCCCUCUGCCUAGUCAAACUGCUGUUGAUAACGACGGCGGCGGCCAGUGCGGAACGAGCGACAGUUUAUCCAAGCACGGCUUCGGUGACGCUUGUGACAGAGCCAUUAAUGGCUUCGAUGACGAUACUGUGUACACAAGCUACACUUCCCGGUACAGUCGACUAACAAAGGGUAUCCUUAUGGUUGCCUCAGUAGGCCAAGCUGCUUGUGUUGCCAAGUUUGAGUGUGACGACUAUGGUAUCGGUAUGAAGGGAAGUGACAUCAUUGCAGCUCGGGAAAGAGCUAAGAAGGAUGAUGGUAUUUGGAUCUGUGGACAUAUCCGUCUGUCGAACUCGUGCAGUGUCGUUAUGGAUUACUGCACGGACUGCCACAGCACCGGUUAG